CUUUAGAAUUUACACUUCAAUAUGAUCGAACUACAGAUGCUAAAGGAGAGAAAGGGUUACAGCAAAAUCACCCCUUUCUGAUGUUAAUACCGAUUUCCACAUUCAAUUGGGGGAAAAAAGGGCUUUACAGCGAAAUUAGCGCGCCCCAUUCCGAUUUGGGGUCGGAGAUUGGAGAAUUGCUUCGGUCAGGAGACGUGAUUCCAGUAAUCAUCGACGAACCACAACUUAGAGAAGAAUUAGUCCUGCUACUGCUGGAACAACGAUGCCCUGUUCCGGAAUUCGGCGGCGGCAAACCCACCAAAUCGAUCAAAUUCAGUGUUUGCAGUUCCUCUUCCGAAAACCCAUCUAGCUUCAGUUCCCGAUUAGUCUCCGCCGCUCCGCGGAUUUCGCCGUCGGAGGAAGCAGGGGAAACGCCAGCGGAUGGUUUCUCGUCA